AUGAAGCUGGUACACUUCUUGAUGAAAUUGCGCAACGAACAGGUCACAGUGGAGUUGAAAAAUGGUACAACUGUGUGGGGUACUUUGCAGACGGUUUCUCCUCAAAUGAAUGCUACAUUGACAGAUGUAAAACUAUCACUUCCCAACAAGAGCGGCAAUGGUGCCGUGGCAGGUAUUUUUUUAAGUGGUGGCCAGCACAAUAAUGAGCAGAAAACCACUUCAUUGCAGUACAUCAACAUCCGGGGAAGUACAAUCCGACAGAUUAUUUUGCCAGACUCACUUAAUCUAGACUCGCUGCUGGUAGACGAAAGACAUCUGAACAGACUAAAGCGUACAGGUAAGCUCACAGAUGAGUACAGCAAGAAGAGACGGAUGGAUUCAAACGGAAGUUCAGCAAAGCGGGUUAAGCGGGCCAUGUAA